UUACGUUUUUGUCAAGUUUUUGUUUUGUCAGUGAAUCGAUAACAAAACUAUACCGGAUUUAUUGAAGAAAAUGAGUGAUUUGUGUUAGAUAUUGGGAAAAAUUCCCUUAUCAAUUCAUACGAAUAAUGUCGGAGCACCUUUUAGACUCGCAAGGUUGGCAGGAAGAAGCCCAAGCCAUAAUAAACGACGUGAAAGACCAUGUCAAGUUGAUCGAAGUAUCCAAACAACUUCAAAGUACCGAUUCGACGAUCUAUCUGAAUGUGGAAACCUUGGAACACGCAAAAUACACCUUCGAAUUAACUGUGCACGGAUUCAGAUUCUGCGGCAAUAAUUUUGACGAGAACACUUUACAAAACAACGAGUACUUCGAGACGCCGUACGCUUUAUUGAAUUCGGUCAGUCCCGGCUUCAAGAACUCAUUUCUGGACGUACUUUUUCAAAAAUUAAACUACUGCAAAUAAACCCUUUGGAAUACCAA